GCAGACUCAAAGAUUUUACAAAUUGCCCCCUCUGUAGAACACCAAGCAGAAGCAAUGCUUAGCAUUUUGCGACGUUACUCUUGGCAUACUUUUGCAGUUGUGACGACACAAAUUGGUGGCCAUGAAGAUUUUGUCAGAGCAAUUCGAGAUAUCAUAAAGACGCUGAAUAACGAAUUCAAAUUCAUCAUUGUAAAAUAUUUGGCUCUAAAAGAGACCGAAAGAAUUCCAAUCCGUGCCGAAAUGGAGGAUCUGGCUGAAAGUGAAGCAAGAAUCAUACUUUUAUUUGCUGCAAGGUACGAGGCUGUAGAGAUAAUGGCAGCUGCACACGAUCUUGGUCUCACUGGGAAACAUUAUGUUUGGAUUGCUGCUCAAUCAGUCGUGGGGACCAGUUUGGAAACACCACCUGGACAGUUCCCACCUGGAAUGUUAGGAGUAUACUACAAUACAACAAUGUAUAGACUGUUUGACGAGCUUGAACGUGCAGUUACUGUUUUUGGACAUGGUUUAGAAUUAUUUUACAAUGAUCCAAAAAAUGCAAAUAUUAGUUUAAUUCCAAAUUUAACAUGCAGUGGUAAUGGUCACCUUCGCUGGAGUAAAGGAGACUUGUUUUUCAAGUAUCUGAGAAACGUGACAGCUAACGUCAAACAAGGACCACCAAUCAGCUUUAACAUGGAUGGUUCAUUAAAAUUUGUUGAAUUGCAAGUGUUAAACCUAAACAACAAAGGUGUUUGGGAAAAGAUAGGCGUUUGGACUGACACAGGUUUGGAUAUAAAGGACAUCGUAUGGCCGGGAGACAGUCCAGUCCCUCCACCAGGAGUGCCUGAAAAGUUCAACUUAAAAGUGACCUUUCUGGAUGAACCACCUUUUGUCAAUGUCCUCCCCCCAGACAAUGAGACUGGUGAAUGUAAAACUAGUAGAUCUGUUCGAUGUAGAGUUGCGCCUGAACAUAAACUAGCUGGAAUGAACCAUUCUAUGGCCAUUAAGAAUCCUAAUUUCUAUCAAUGUUGUUCUGGGUUUUGCAUAGAUCUUCUACAAAAGUUUGCAACAGACCUCAAAUUUUCAUAUGAUUUGUAUAGAGUUGAAGAUGGGAAAUGGGGAGUUUUAAAUCAAAACGGGACUUGGAACGGGCUGAUAGCAGAACUCUUAAAUCAGAAAGCAGAAAUCGUUGUAACAUCAAUCAAAAUCAACUCGGAACGUCAGAUGGCAGUGGACUUUACGGUUCCAUUUUUAGAAACGGGCAUAGCCAUAGUUGUCGCCAAAAGGACUGGGAUAAUAUCGCCAAAAGCUUUUUUAGAACCUUUUGAUACAAUAUCAUGGCUUAUGAUAAUAUUAAUAAGUAUACAGGGUGCAGCUUUGAUGAUAUUUUUGUUUGAGUGGUUGAGCCCUUACGGAUAUGAUAUGAAAAUGCUGCCACCGAGAGAUGAUCCUUUUGACAAGAGAAAACAUCAUAAGUUCUCACUUUUUCGAACAUAUUGGCUGGUAUGGGCAAUUUUAUUUGGAGCUGCAGUGAAUGUUGAUUGCCCAAGAGGUUAUACAGCAAGAUUCAUGUCAAAUGUAUGGGCAAUGUUUGCUGUAGUAUUUCUCGCCAUAUAUACUGCCAAUUUGGCUGCCUUUAUGAUAACAAGAGAAGAGUAUUAUGAUCUACAAGGAAUUGAUGACAAAAGAUUGACGAAUCCUUUCAUACAAGACCCACCAUUUAGAUUUGGUACAAUACCUAAUGGCAAUACAGAAGCCGUCCUGAAGCGCAACAAGCCUCAUCUUUAUACCUGGAUGAGAAAGUUUAACAGAACAUCAGUACAACGAGGCGUGGAAUCGGUGAAGAGAGGAGAGCUCGAUGCUUUUAUUUAUGAUGCAACAGUGCUUGAGUAUUUAGCUGGUCAAGAUAAUGAGUGUCGCCUGUUAACAGUUGGUACAUGGUAUGCCAUGACAGGAUAUGGAUUUGCUCUGCAGAAAAAAUCGAAAUAUUUAAGCAUGUUUAACAGAGAAAUGAUUCGAUACAGAGAAAAUGGUGACCUUGAAAGGUUACAGAGAUUUUGGCUACAGGGUGCUUGCAAACCAACAAGAAAUAAACGCAAUGUUAGCAAACCUUUGGAUGUAAACCAAUUUAUGAGUGCUUUUCUGCUGCUUGGCUGCGGGGUGUUGUUUACAAUCCUCGUCUUGAUACUCGAGCACAUUUAUUUUAAGUACAUCCGCAAGCAUCUUGCAAAGAAAGACACCGGUGAUUGCUGCACGCUUAUAAGUUUGAGCAUGGGAAAAUCAUUAAGCUUUCGGGGUGCGGUAUUUGAAGCAACAGAUAUGAUUAAGCAUCAUCGGUGUAAAGACCCAGUGUGCGAUACCCAGCUGUGGAAAACACGGCAUGAAUUAGACAUGGCUAAAUUGAAAAUUCGGCAACUGGAAGCAAACAUACAAGGAGCACUUUUAUCGCCGACUUUUAAAGGAUCAUGGUCACCUGAUUACGCUAAGCCAAGAGAUCUCACUCAAAAUUUCAUUGUAUGCAACGAACCACGGAUUUCUAAUUUUUCACUGCCUCCAGCAUAUAGAACUCAUCCUCUGCACCCAUAUGGCCCACAUUACGUAAAAAACUUCAACAACAUGGAAAUAGCAGAAAUUGAAACUGUAUUAUGAUCUUUAAAACACACCAGCGUUUAAAUGUAAAUACGCUUACUUAACAAUUUCUACUGAAAUGUUUUGAUUUCAGGCUUGAACAUACAGCAAGAAUCUUAACUAUUUUUUUGCAGAAUACUUAAUUGAUAUUUUUUGUUUUAUGUGAAAUAUUUUGCAUUGAAAUACAACAAGAAAUUAUAUUAUGUUACACAAAAAAUCACUAUACUUCUAAGAAACUGUAAAUACUGCUCAAAAGUACUAGGUACUAAAAAGCAAUACUUCCUAAAUUUAUAAUAACUUGACUUCGUACAUGAAUAUAUGGUGAAAAAUUUCAUUACAAUCAUCUCUUAGAUUUUUGCCUUUAAUUUUUACUAGAUAAUUCGAAGUAAUUAAUACUUUUCUUGUUAAUGAUUUUUAUAUAGUUUUUAUAAAUAUUCUUCACAGUGUAUUUCGUAUGGUAAAAACGGGAGAAGGUUGUAAUUUUCAAAGAAAGCUCGUGUAAAAUUUAUUUAUUUAGCGCCAAAUAAUUUUGAUUUCAUAAUGAAAAAGUAAUUUUAUCUUUUUGUUACAAAAUAUGAAUAAAUUAACGUAUAUACUAGAUGAAACAACUUUAUUAUUAUAAUAAAAUUAAAUAAUUUUGAUUUAAUAAGAUGUUAAAUGGACUUAAUAGUGUUUUAAAAGUUGUAAAAUUUGUUUAUUUGAAUAUUCGAAUAAAUAUAGAUUUCACCCAUCUAAUAUAUGUAUUUUAACAUAUCUUCAAAUUUCUUAGAAUUUCCUACAGUUUACUUCAUUUAUCAAACUUUUAGACUAAAAAUCUGCUUUUUCUGAAGCAGUAAAUAAAUUGCUUUUAAAAAUAAUUUUGAUAAUAAUUAAUUCUGAAAUGGGAAGAGAGACGAUAAAAAGUUAAAAUUAAAAAAGUUACAAAAAACAAGAGGACUACAGACUUUUUUUAGCAACAUUCUUUUCAAGAUAUGAUACAGCAAAUAAAUUAUUUUUGAUAAAUGAUCUUUGGAGAGAAAAAAAUUAAAAGAAUCAUAUAUUAAACAUACCCUAGAAGAUUGGGUGCAAUUUUGAAAGUGUUCUUUUUCUUUUCUUUAAAAGCGUAAGAAAGAAGUAAGUAAAUCGUUCUGAACAUUUAUCUAGAAAGGAACAAAAAAUUACUCUAAGGAACUUUUUUUUUUCUGUUGCAUGAUAUUUUUGAAAAGAUUCAAGAUA